AUGUGGAUAGAAGAACGCAGCAGGGGACAUUAUGACACCCCUGUAAAAACCGAAUCAAGUCCUUGUCUGUGGCAGGUGAAAAGUAAAGAGUACAACGACCGAAAGAGAGAUGCAGCCUAUGAAUGACUUGUUAUUAAACUGAAGGAGUUAGAACCCGACGCUACAAAGCAAUCUGGUCUAAUAAUAUGCUUCUUUCAGGAUGGAAUCGAUGAAGUUGCUCCACAGACACCCAGUAGUGAAGAACCUUCAGGGACAAACGAGAGUCCUCAAAAUUUCAAAGAACUCCCGAUAUCACGCUCCACUUUGGCAAAAAAGAGGAAAAGUGUAGAACGGACCAGUGACGUUCUGCUAUCAGUGAGAGAUCAUUUUAAAAAGCCUUCGCUCCAAGAUGACAGGUAUGCUCUACUGGGAAGAUCUAUUGCAAUGAAAAUGAGGAGACUGGAAAAACGUCAGCGUCUGAUUAUUGAAAAAAGAAUCAAUGAUCUCCUAUAUGAAGCUGAAAUGGAAAUGCUUAACGUUCCAACGAGUUCAUACAGCUCCGAAUAUCUCAAGUGUACGAGCUCACCAAGUCCUAACGCAACUACUUCAUACGAUCAAUUUACGCAACAAACACCGCCUGCACAAUUCGUAACCAAUCAAGAGCUUCCACUUCCACACUCAGCAGCUACUUACUUUGCUACCUAUAAUAAUAUUUGA